UGGGCGCCUCUGCGUGCGCGCUGCGGGAGGCCGGCCGGGAGCGGGGAGCCGGCCGGGAGCCAGAGCCCAAGCCGGAGCCGGAGCGGGAACGGCGGCCCCUCCGCGGAGCCGGGUCUCAGCACCUGCAGAGGGCGUCAUGGCCGUGGACGUGGCAGAAUACCACCUGAGCGUCAUCAAGAGCCCCCCUGACUGGGAGGUGGGUGUCUACGCUGCCGGGGCCCUGGCACUGCUGGGAAUUGCAGCCGUGAGCCUGUGGAAGCUCUGGACAUCGGGGAGCUUCCCCAGCCCCUCCCCGUUCCCAAACUACGACUACAGGUACCUUCAGCAGAAGUAUGGCGAGACCUACGCAGAGGCCAGACAGAAGAGAGUGCCUGCCUGGAAUGCGCAGCGGGCCAGCACCCGGGGGCCACCCAGUCGCAAAGGCAGCCUCAGCAUUGAGGACACCUUCGAGAGCAUCACCGAGCUGGGGCCCCUGGAGCUGAUGGGCCGUGAGCUGGACCUGGCCCCCUACGGGACCCUCCGGAAGUCCCAGUCGGCCGACUCCCUGAACUCCAUCUCCUCCGUGAGCAACACCUUCGGGCAGGACUUCACGCUGGGCCAGGUGGAGGUGAGCAUGGACUACGAUGCCGCCUCCCACACCCUCCACGUGGCUGUGCUGCAGGGCAAGGAUCUUCUGGAGCGGGAGGAAGCCAGCUUCGAGUCCUGCUUCAUGCGAGUCAGCCUCCUGCCUGACGAGCAGAUCGUGGGCAUUUCCCGGAUCCAGAGGAACGCCUAUUCCAUCUUCUUCGACGAGAAGUUCUCCAUCCCCCUGGACCCUGCAGCCCUGGAGGAGAAGAGCCUGCGGUUUUCCGUAUUCGGCAUCGAUGAGGAUGAGCGGAAUGUCAGCACGGGGGUGGUGGAGCUGAAGCUUUCUGUGCUUGACCUCCCGCUGCAGCCCUUUAGCGGCUGGCUCUACCUGCAGGACCAGAACAAGGUCGCUGACGCCGUGGGUGAGAUCCUGCUCUCGCUCAGCUACCUCCCAACGGCCGAGCGCCUUACCGUGGUCGUGGUGAAAGCCAAGAAUCUCAUCUGGACCAAUGACAAGACCACAGCGGACCCCUUCGUCAAGGUGUACUUGCUGCAGGAUGGAAGGAAGAUGAGCAAAAAGAAGACAGCUGUGAAGAGGGACGACCCUAACCCAGUGUUCAACGAAGCCAUGAUCUUCUCGGUGCCAGCCAUUGUGCUCCAGGACCUGUCUCUCCGUGUGACGGUGGCUGAGAGCAGCAGUGAUGGCCGCGGGGACAAUGUGGGCCAUGUCAUCAUCGGGCCGUCAGCCAGUGGCAUGGGCACCACGCACUGGAACCAGAUGCUGGCCACCCUGCGCAGGCCCGUGUCCAUGUGGCACCCUGUCCGGCGAAAUUAGCAGCCGGGGCAGGGCCUGGGUGGGCACCGGAGGCCAGAACAAGCUCAGCUCUGAACACCCUUCUCCGUAGUCCAGCU